GCGGCGCUGGGGAGAGAGAGAAAGUUGUCUAGUAUAAAAUAUCACUCCAUCUCUUUUGUCCACCCUGACCCCCCCAUAUCUGCCAUGGCUUCUCCAGCCCACAAGCUUCACUUUGUCUUGUUUCCUUUAAUGGCCCAAGGCCACAUGAUUCCUAUGAUAGACAUUGCCAAACUGCUCGCACAGCGAGGCGUGAUUGUCACCAUUGUCACCACAACCCAUAACGCAGCCCGUUUCCAUACAAGCACUGCUCGCGCAGUUGAAUCCGGACUCCGAAUCCGAGUUAUCCAACUUCAGUUUCCCUAUGAAGAAGCAGGAAUACCCAAAGGCUGUGAUAAUCUCGACAUGCUUCCUUCACUAGGACUCGCCAUAAACUUCUUCACUUCAACUAGCAUGCUACGACACCCUGUGGAGAAGUUGUUUGAGGAGCUAACACCUCCACCAAACUGCAUAAUCUCUGAUAUGUGCCUGCCUUGGACACUUGAUAUUGCUCGCAAGUUUCAUAUUCCAAGAUUUUCUUUUCUUGGAGUUAGUUGCUUCUGUCUCUUGAUCUUUCAGGUUUUACGCGUUCACAACAUUCACGCGAAAAUAUCCAGCCAGUCAGAGUACUUUGUUUUGCCCGGUUUGCCUGAUCAUAUUGAAUUCACUAAAUCCCAACUGCCUUUUCCCGAAGACCCCAAAAUGAAGGAAUUUAGUGGGCAAAUGGCAGCAGCUGACUUAGCCUCACACGGGGUCAUCGUGAAUACUUUCCAAGAGUUGGAACCAGCAUAUGCCAAAGAAUAUAGGAAGGCAAGAGGAGAUAAAGUCUGGUGUAUUGGCCCUGUUUCGCUUUGCAACAAGGACUACCUAGACAGGGUCGAGAGAGGUAACAAGGCUUCCAUUGAAGAGUAUCAAUGUUUGAAGUGGCUCGAUGCCAGGAACCGCUCUGUUGUCUAUGCCUGCCUUGGGAGCCUAUGCAAUCUAAUACCAUCACAGUUGAUAGAGCUCGGGUUGGCUUUAGAAGAGUCUAACAAACCAUUUAUUUGGGUCCUAAGGGGAGCGGAAACCUCAGAAGAAUUGGAGAAAUGGAUUUUGGAAGACAGAUACGAAGAAAGGAUCGAAGGGAGAGGUCUUUUGAUUUGGGGUUGGGCUCCGCAAUUAUUGAUCUUAUCCCAUCCUUCAGUGGGAGGGUUUUUAACGCACUGCGGUUGGAAUUCAUGCAUAGAAGGAAUAAGUGCUGGGGUGCCAAUGCUUACAUGGCCGCUAUUUGGGGACCAGUUUAUGAAUGAGAAACUAGUAGUGCAGGUACUAAAAAUUGGUGUGAGGGUCGGUGUGGAGGAUCCUGUAAACUGGGGCGAGGAAGAGAAGACUGGGGUGUUGGUGAAAAAGGAAGAUGUUAAGGGGGCUAUAGAGAGGCUAAUGAAUGAAGGAGAGGAAAGAGAAGAGAGGAGGACAAAAGCUAGAGAGCUGAGAGAGAUGGCAAAGAGAGCUGUCGAAGAUGGAGGAUCUUCUCAGGUGGAGAUGACACUGCUAAUUGGAGAUAUCAUGCUACAAACAGGUUGCAGAGACUGUACCUAACAGAUCGGAACAGCCUUCCACUAGUUCGCAUUUUAUCAUCAACGGCUUGGCUUGGUGCCCUUUUUUGAUAUCAUGACAUAGAAACUUUAUUCGAGUUUUUAUGGAGAGGGCCAGCAGUAUUGCAAACUGAUCAGAGGCACGGUUUGUGAAAGAGAAAUAAACGGUCUCCCUGCUAAGACAGCAUCUUCUGAAGACUGCAAACUGCAGGUAACAGCUCCUAGUGCAACCAAAACACGAAGUCCCACAAAAUAAGAGAGACAAACAAAGUCACAUGGCCUGCAUAUAUGCAUCAAACCUAGCUAAAUUUAAUAACAUAUAUA